AUGAACGACGACCGCCCAAACGUCAUCUUCGAGGACCGAUUCACGGUGCUGGCCGUGGAUGAGGACGGGAAAAAGUUCGACCGCGUGUCGCGCAUCAAGGCCGAGUCGCGCGAUAUGGGGAUGCAGCUCCACCUCGAUAUUGCCAUCGAGCUGUAUCCGCUGCAAAAGGAUGAAGUGUUCUCGCUUCUCCUCGCACGGUCGCUCAAGCCCGAAGACGACGUCGCUGAGGAAGGGGACGGGGACGGGGACGCGCCGCGUAAGAUUAAGCGCGAGCUGUGGCGGGCCGAAGACCAGGGACUGGCCAACGACUACGACUAUGUCUGCCAGGGCAAGGUGUACAAGUUUGACGAUAGUGUGCGCGGCGAUAACCAGACGACGGCAUAUAUCUCGUUUGGCGGUCUGCUCAUGGCGCUGCGCGGUAGUUUCCGCCACCUGGCGGGAGUUACUGUUGGCGAGAACGUUUAUCUCCUCAUGCGCAAGUAG